UGACAGCGGCCUGCAGCCCAAAACAUCGCUCUGUAAACAUGCAUUUCAACCACGACCCCGCUGCUUUCCAGCUUUGCGCAAACAGAGAGCCCAUGUUCGACAACGAGGACUCUGUGGACGGGGAGCCGACGGCCGAGGAGCGCUCCCCGAGCUCGAGGCCCUCCAGCCCGCUGUCCGUGAACUCAGACUCCAGCUGCACCAGCCCCGAGGCCAAGUCUGCGUCCGCACAGCAGAGAGUCAGGAGGCCCCUGAACGCCUUCAUCAUCUGGACAAAAGAGGAGCGCAGGAGGCUGGCACAGCUGAACCCAGACCUGGAGAACACGGAUCUGAGCAAAAUACUCGGAAAAACGUGGAAGGCCAUGUCCCUGGUGGAGAAGCGCCCAUACAUGCAGGAAGCAGAGCGCCUCAGAGUCCAGCACACCAUCGACUAUCCCAACUACAAGUACCGUCCCCGCAGGAGGAGGCAGCUGAAGAAGAGCUCCAAAUCUCCGGGUGCAGAGGUUCCUCACUCCUCGCUCUGCAGCUCCGGCUUCCCCAUGCCGUACAACCUCACCUACCUGCUCCAGAACCAGCAGCAAUCCUACCCAAGCACACCUGCUUUCUCAAACUCUCCAUCUAACUUCACCCCUUUGCACAGCAGCUACUCAAACAAUCCAGUUUUUCCAGACGCAGCAGCAGCAGACGUUUUCUCAAACAAGCCUGUGGGGUACCCGAGCCCGCCUGCGUACUCUGCAGAGCCUCAGAUGUAUUUCAACAGUCAGAACUGUCACAUGCAGUACGGUUUCUCCAGCGCCGCAGGUCCCCAUGUAGAUCAGGGCGAGUCCAGCAGGGUUCACGGGGGUCUGCUGUGCCCUGCAGGACCCUCACUGGAGUUUUACCUGGAACAGGUCCAGCUGGACAUGCUGUACGAUCUGGACCGCAGCGAGUUUGAACAGUACCUGGGUCCAAGCCCUCACAGGCCGGAGUCAGUGGAUCCCAGCAGCUACCAUCAGCAGAGCAGCCACAGAGAGGAACGCUCGCUGUCAUGA